UCUUCACAAACUGCAUUGUGUGAAGUUCAUUAAAUUUUCGUUCGUAGUUUAAAAUAAAAUAAAUUUGUUCCGAGACGAAAAUAAACUCAUCGAAAAAUUUAUUAAAGUUAAACAAAACUUUCCGAAAUAAAUCAAUCAAAUUGACGAAGUAUUUUAUUGUUGGAAAACAAAUUCAGAUUAAAAAGAAAAACUGACGAAAAAUAAAAUUCAGUAUAACGAAACAGGAAGGGAAAUCUAUCAGUUUUGCCAUAUAUUUGUUGUCUCAUCGAAAGCAUAUAUAUCUGUGUCGUUCGUUCUUACAUCUCAGGUAGUCAUUUCAUUGUGCGAAGAGACUGCUGUGCUGCUGUUAAAAUAAUUUUUCCUCUUCACAAGAAGAACGGAAAAUUAAAAUUUUCACCAAGAAAAUUCAUCCCGAGCUUAGAUUCGAUAAUUUUCAAUUACAACAUUAAUUCGGCUGCGAAGCGGAAAACGAAGAAUUACUGUAUUUAUAAAUAUUUAAGCACAGUUAACGACCAUACAAAAUAGACUUGCACUGCCGAAGGCCAUUUUCAAUUGAACAAAAAAGAACUGAGCACAAUUUCUUUGUUUUGCUGCUGCUGGUGUAAACUUUCUUUGACUGAUACAAAAUGUCUCGCCAGUCUUCCUAUGGGACCGGGCUCAAGCAUACUAAUUUAGAAGAAAUAUGGACGGAUCUCGAGCAAGGGAUAAUACAUAUAUUUCAACCUGUUCGUGGCUUGCCUGGAAGACGAUACAUGCAGUUGUACACCUAUGUCUACGACUAUUGCACAAGUGUCAACCCAACAUCCAGCCGAUCUACUUCAUCGUCAACAUCAUCUAAUUCUGGCAACAAUAAGGGAAACAAGAAGAUGCCCAUUGCAAUGCCAACAGGCGGUGCACAGUUGGUUGGCCAGGAAUUAUAUAAAAGGCUGAGAAAAUUCCUCGAAAACUAUUUGACCCAAUUGUUGGUUGACUUCGAUUUGAUAGACGAAGCUGUUUUGCAGUUUUACACUAAGCAAUGGGAGUAUUAUCAAUUUUCGAGUACGGUCCUUAAUGGCAUUUGUGCUUAUCUGAACAGACACUGGGUGAAGCGUGAAUGCGAAGAAGGUAGAAAAGACAUUUACGAGAUUUACAGACUAGCCUUGGUAACAUGGAAGAAUCAUCUUUUCAAGGACCUAAACAAGCAGGUUACAAAUGCUGUUUUGAAAUUGAUCGAAAAGGAAAGAAAUGGCGAAACAAUAAACAGAGGACUUGUGUCAGGCGUUAUAAAUUGCUAUGUGGAAUUGGGACUCAACGAAGAUGAUGAUCCUAUAGCCGGAAAGGGCCAAAAUUUACUUGUAUAUAAAGAGAGCUUUGAAAACAAGUUCAUUGAAGAUACAGAAAGGUAUUAUACUAGAGAGAGUGUAGAAUUCUUGCGAGAAAAUUCGGUUACAGAGUACAUGAAACGUAUUGAACAACGUCUCAAUGAAGAGAAGAAACGGGUUCAGAUGUAUUUGCACGAAAGUACUCAUGAUCGCCUGGUGAGCACAUGUGAACGUGUACUGAUUCAAAAGCAUUUAGAGAUCUUCCGGGCUGAAUUCCAGAAUCUUCUUAAUUCGGACAAGAAUACAGAUCUUCGCCGAAUGUACUCACAUGUAGCUAGAAUUCCCGAGGGCCUUGUUGAAUUGAAAGCUAUCCUUGAGGAGCAUAUCUACAAUCAAGGAAUGUCUGCUAUUGAAAAAUGUGGAAACACGGAGGCCAGUAACGACCCCAAGACCUACGUCCAAACUAUCCUCGAGGUGCACAAGAAGUACAAUGCUCUAGUUCUUACCGCUUUUAACAAUGACAAUGGCUUUGUUGCAGCUCUGGACAAAGCCUGCGGCAAAUUUAUCAACACAAAUGUCGUAACUAUUGCUAGUAGUGCCAGUAAAAGUCCAGAGUUGCUGGCUAAAUAUUGUGAUUUAUUGCUUAAAAAGUCCAGCAAAAAUCCAGAAGAGACUGAACUUGAAGACAACUUGAACCAAGUUAUGGUAGUAUUUAAGUACAUUGAGGACAAGGAUGUCUUUCAGAAAUUCUAUUCAAAAAUGCUAGCCAAACGAUUGGUUAAUCACACAUCUGCUUCUGACGAUGCAGAAGCAUCGAUGAUCUCCAAACUUAAGCAAACUUGUGGCUACGAAUAUACAAUUAAGUUGCAGAGAAUGUUCCAAGAUAUUGGAGUUUCGAAAGAUCUAAACGAUACUUUUAAGAAACAUUUGCAGCUCACAAACACACCUACUGAGAUAGACUUCAGCAUCGAAGUGCUCUCAAGUGGGUCUUGGCCAUUUAACCAGAGUAGUUCGUUUCUGUUGCCGUCCGAGUUGGAACGGUCUGUUCAGAGGUUCAACAACUUUUAUGCAGCUCGUCAUUCCGGGCGCAAACUAAAUUGGCUAUACCACAUGUGCAAAGGAGAAUUGGUGACAAAUUGUUUCAAGAACAAAUACACUCUGCAAGCUAGCACCUUCCAAAUGGCAGUGUUGUUGCAAUUCAACGAUCAGACCAAGUUUACUGUCCAACAACUUGGUCAAAAUACUGAGAUUCUUCAAGAAAAUCUCAUCCAAGUCCUCCAGAUUUUGUUAAAAGCCAAACUUCUCACAUCCGCAGAUGACGAAGCGAAUAUUACAGCCGCCAGUGUUGUGGAACUCUUCUCAGGGUAUAAGAACAAGAAGUAUCGCAUCAACAUCAAUCAGCCACUAAAAACAGAACUGCGAGUAGAACAGGAAGCUGUUCACAAACAUAUCGAGGAAGAUCGCAAGUUGCUCAUUCAGGCUGCAAUUGUGCGCAUCAUGAAAAUGCGCAAGAAGCUGAACCAUACACAAUUAAUUGGGGAAGUUCUCAACCAACUUUCCACCAGAUUCAAACCCAAGGUCCCAGUGAUUAAGAAAUGCAUCGAUAUCUUGAUAGAAAAGGAAUACUUGGAGAGAAUGGAAGGUCAAAAAGAUACAUACAGCUACUUGGCGUAAUUUUGUUUAUUUUUCAUUAAAUAUAAUUAUUUUUUAAACAUAAA